AAUACAGUAAGUAGCGAGCCGGCGAUGUGAAUGCACGUGUUUUCGCUUCAACUCACCUGGGCGAACCCAAGAAACCAAAGCAACAGCAAAACACACAAAUAUCAAUUUUAUAAAUACGAAAACACUGUGUUGUGCAUACUAAAUACACAGAUUUACAACAAAACAGAAACAAAUUUUUUUUAAGUAAUAUUUUUUACAAGUGCGCCGAAAAAAGAACAAGACCCGAAAAAGUGUUUGAGAACCCUAAACAAUUGAAGAAGCCACAUCUUUCUCAGCACUUACGAAAAACAAAUGAAAAACUAAAUCAAAAUCUUUUACAACGAAAAUCCGACACUGCUGAAUGGCAAUUUUUUUAAAGUACGUUUUUUAGGAAAAAAAUUCCUUAAAAAAUAAAAAACCAAAAACAGAACCUCCAACACAAACUAUCUUUCUGAUUGACUACUUUUAAUUUAAAAAAAAAAAAAAGGAACAACUUCCAAGACAUGAAGAGGGCCAAACAAAAGUUGGCUUGAGCUCGGCUCAUGAAAAAACUAAAACUGAAAUCAAAAAUUUUUUUUUUUGAAGCAGUGGACGAGCGGCGGACAAACAUACACACACAAUUGGAUUAGUGUUUUGUUUAUUUCGGACCCACUGUGACUGUCCCUCGUCCACCCGUCGAAAAACAAAAUCUCAAUCUCGCCGACUCCUUGAAAUCGUCGCGUGUCGCUGUCGCGUUUCGUUUCCGUUGAUCGCUAAUCGUUUAUCGUUGAUCGCAUCGCAUCCAUCAUGCCGAAGAUAUUCCUGAUCAAGAAUCGCUUGCACCAGCAGCAACAACGUUUGCUCGAAUCGCAGAAUUUGCUGCAGCACAAGAACCAGGAUGACGAGCGCUUGGUGCCACCUCUCAGUCCCAGUCCCAGUGGCAGUGCCAGCGGCCCCUCGCCUUCCCCGACGCCGACGCCCACGCCCACCGCCCAGCCUCCACCGGAACCACAAGGUCAGGGGCAACAGGUGCUCGGACAGGUGCCGCCCGAUCCAGAUCAGCAGCCGCUGAGCCUCACGCGCAAGCGAUUCCACCACCGCCGCCACUAUUUCGGACAAUCGCGCCACAGUCUCGAACACCUUAAUCAAAAUCAAAAUCAAAAUCAGAACCCGAACACCAAUCCAACACAAAAUCGAGCAGAAUUGGAAGUCGAAAAUGCUACAGGCCAAGUUCAAAAUGAAAACUUCGCCGCUGAAUUGCUGCAGCGUUUAACCCCCACCACCACCACCACUACACAAAAUAAUAUUGUUAACCCAUUAACGCCGCCUGGUAAAAGCGAUAGUUUGGUUAAUAAUAUUAAAGCCACCACCUCCGAUUUAGCCACAAAAGACUGCACAAUUGAAAAAUCCCCAAUCAGCAUACCAAAAAAUCAGCAAGAAGCGGACGACGAAGACGAGAAGAAGGAGGAAGAGCGUGUGAAGGAGAGCGGAGAAGCCGACGAACGGGAGAGCAAAGCAGAGCAGAAGCAGGAGGAGGAAGAGGACGAAGACGAGGUGGAUGUGGGCGUAGAGGCGCCACGGCCGCGAUUCUACAACACCGGCGUGGUUUUAACCCAGGCACAACGCAAGGAAUAUCCCCAAGAGCCCAAGGACCUAUCGCUAUCGAUCGCCCCAUCCUCGUCAGCUUCCCCAAAAAGCGACUCUGACUCGGACUCCGACUCCGAUGGCGGUUGCAAGUUGAUUGUAGACGAGAAGCCGCCACUGCCGGUAGUGAAACCCAUAUCCCUGCGCCUGAGCAGCACACCGCCACCAGCGGAUCAGCGUCCGAGUCCGCCGCCCCCCAGAGAUCCAGCGCCUGCGGUCCGCUGCUCGGUCAUCCAACGAGCACCGCAGUCCCAGUUGCCCAACGGCACCAGUAGCAUCGGCAGAUCGGGGUUCCUAUUGCCGCCGCUCGAUCAGCUGGGGCCCGAGCAACAGGAGCCGAUCGAUUACCAUGUGCCCAGGCGCCGCAGUCCCUCGUACGAUUCGGACGAGGAACUGAACGCCAGGCGGCUGGAACGGGCACGUCAGGUGCGCGAGGCACGCCGCAGGAGCACCAUCUUGGCCGCCAGAGUGCUGUUGGCCCAGUCGCAGCGAUUGAAUCCGCGCCUGGUGCGCUCGUUGCCCGGAAUAUUGGCCGCUGCCGCCGGACACGGACGGAAUAGCAGUAGUUCCGGUGGUGCUGCCGGUCAGGGCUUUCAAUCCUCGGGCUUUGGCAGUCAGAACAGCGGAAGCGGCUCCUCGAGCGGCAAUCAGAACGCGGGCAGUGGUGCUGGCUCACCCGGAUCCGGUGCCGGCGGAGGAGGUGGCAUGGGCGGCGGUCGUGACGGCCGAGGGAACUACGGACCCAAUUCACCGCCCACGGGCGCACUGCCGCCCUUUUACGAGAGCCUCAAGAGCGGCCAACAGAGCACGGCCAGCAAUAAUACGGGCCAGAGUCCCGGAAAUCACGCGCACUUCAACGCCAAUCCAGCGAAUUUCCUGCAAAACGCAGCUGCAGCCGCGUACAUCAUGUCCGCUGGCUCGGGAGGAUCGGGGACUGCAGGAGGAGGAGGAGGCGGUGGAGGAGGAGCAGCAGGUGGCGGGGCAAACGGAGGUGGUAGUGGUGGCCCAGGAUCAAACAGUGGUGGUGGUGGCAAUGGCUACAUCAAUUGUGGCGGUGUUGGUGGCCCAAACAGUCAUCUCGAUGGUAAUAAUCUUUUGAACUUCGCCAGUGUUUCUAACUAUAACGACUCCAAUUCCAAAUUCCAUAAUCACCAUCAUCAUCAUCACCAUCAACACAACAACAACAACAACAAUAACAACAACAAUGGUCAAUCCUCGAUAAUGGGUCAUCCGUUCUACGGCGGCAAUCCCUCAGCGUACGGCAUUAUACUGAAGGAUGAGCCGGACAUUGAGUACGAUGAGGCCAAGAUUGAUAUCGGCACCUUUGCGCAGAACAUUAUCCAGGCGACGAUGGGCAGCUCGGGGCAGUUCAAUGCCAGCGCCUACGAGGAUGCUAUAAUGUCGGAUCUGGCCACUUCGGGCCAGUGUCCGAACGGUGCCGUGGAUCCGCUGCAGUUUACGGCCACGCUGAUGCUGAGUUCGCAGACGGAUCAUCUGCUGGAGCAGCUGUCCGAUGCCGUUGAUCUGAGCUCGUUCCUGCAGCGCAGCUGCGUGGACGACGAGGAGUCGACGAGUCCGCGGCAAGACUUCGAGCUGGUGUCCACGCCCUCGCUGACGCCCGACUCGGUGACGCCGGUGGAUCAGCACAACGGCAACACGGCGCAGCUGGACGCCCUGCACGAGAAUCUGUUGACGCAGCUAACCCACAACAUGGCCAGGAAUGGCGGCAAUCAACAUCAACAGCAGCAGCAGCAUCAUCAGCACGGUGUGCAGCAGCAACAGCACGGCGUGCAGCAGCAGCACAAUGUGCAGCAGCAGCAGCAACAGCACAAUGUGCAGCAGCAGCAGCAACAGCACAAUGUACAGCAGCAGCACGUGCAGCAGCAACCGCCGCCGUCGUAUCAACAUGCCACGCGUGGCCUGAUGAUGCAGCAGCAGCCGCAGCACGGCGGCUACCAGCAGCAGGCUGCCAUGAUGUCGCAGCAGCAGUUGCUCAGCCAGCAGCAACAAUCGCAUCACCAGCAGCAGCAGCACGCCUACCAGCAGCAGCACAACAUGUAUGCCCAGCAGCAGCAGCAGCAACAUCACCAGCAGCAGCAACAGCAGCAGCAGCAUCACUUCCACCACCAGCAACAGCAGCAGCAGCAACAACAGUCGCACCAUGCGCAUCUCCAUGGUCAUGGCCACGACAACAGCAACAUGUCGCUGCCAUCGCCAACUGCUGCGGCUGCUGCGGCGGCUGCUGCUGCGGCUGCUGCUGCAGCGGCUGCGGCCGCCCACCUGCAGCGACCCAUGAGCAGCAGCAGCAGCUCGGGCGGCACAAACAGCAGCAACAGCAGCGGCGGCGGUAGCAGCAACAGUCCGCUUUUGGACGCCAAUGCAGCGGCAGCGGCUGCGGCCGCCCUGCUGGACACCAAGCCACUCAUCCAAAGCGUAAGUAAUCCCUUUUUUCGUCAACUAAAUACCCAAUCACAGCAGCAACAGCAGGAGCAACCAGCAUUGUCGCCGCCGGCGGCGAGCAGCAAGCAAUUCACCCUGAUGAAAACGACCAGGUACACGGAGUUUGUGGAGAUGGUGGCGCUCGAUGUGCUGGUCAAGCCAGAGAUGAAACUCGAAUCGCAUUCCGAGGUGGCGGAGAUGACAACAGCCGAGGCAGAGGAGGUGGUGACCUUGGCGGCGGAGGCAGCCACAGAAACAGCAACGGUAAAGGCUGAAACUCAAGACUCCACAUCGGAUCAUCGAAACUGCAGCGCAUCCUCGUCCUCCUCGGGGAGAAAGUUGCGCGGCAGGGCCAAAGCGGUGGCUUGUGGCGCCACCAUGAUCACGCUGAUAUCCACGAUGAAAUCGUCGCCAGAACUGCCGGCCACCAAGACGGUGCAUCGCACCACCCUGCGCUCCUUGGCCUCGGCGGCGGCGGCCACGGCAGCCGGUUUAUUGGCGCCGUCGCCCACCGUUUCCGUUUUGAACGAGAGCAAAGUUUUGCAGCGGCGCUUGGGCUUGCCGCCGGAUCUACAGCUGGAGUUUGUGAACGGCGGACACGGAAUCAAGAACCCACUGGCGGUGGAGAAUGCCCACGGUGGCCAUCACCGAAUUCGCAACAUCGAUUGCAUUGAUGAUCUCAGCAAGCAUGGCCACCACGCGCAGCAGCAGCAGCAGCAGGGUUCGCCGCAGCAGCAACAGCAGCAGCAGCAAAGCAUGCAGCAAUCCGUGCAGCAGCAACAACAGCAGUCGGUGCAACAGCAACAGUCGCUCCAGCAGCAGCAGCAACACCACCAGCACCACAGCAACAGCAGUGCCAGCAGCAAUGCCAGCAGCCACGGAUCCGCUGAAGCGCUCUGCAUGGGCUCGUCCUCUGGAGGAGCCAACGAGGACUCCUCGUCGGGCAACAACAAGUUCGUGUGUCGCGUCUGCAUGAAGACGUUCUCGCUGCAGCGCCUGCUCAACCGGCACAUGAAGUGCCACUCGGACAUCAAGCGCUACCUGUGCACCUUCUGCGGCAAGGGCUUCAACGACACCUUCGACCUCAAGCGGCACACGCGCACCCACACGGGCGUCCGGCCGUACAAGUGCAACCUGUGCGAGAAGAGCUUCACGCAGCGCUGUUCGCUGGAGUCGCACUGCCAGAAGGUGCACAGUGUGCAGCACCAGUACGCCUACAAGGAGCGCAGGGCCAAGAUGUACGUGUGCGAGGAGUGCGGCCACACCACCUGCGAACCGGAGGUGCAUUAUCUGCACCUGAAGAACAACCAUCCCUUCUCGCCGGCUCUGCUGAAGUUCUACGAUAAGCGGCACUUCAAGUUCACCAACUCGCAGUUCGCCAACAAUCUGCUCGGCCAGCUGCCCAUGCCAGUCCACAAUUAGUGGCUGGCUGCACCACUUAGGAUCUAAGAACGCGAAAUACUUAAGCAAACCAAUAUUGUGACUUUGAAGUUUUUUGAAAACUGCCCCCCGCGGAGGAUACGGAAUUUUUGGAGAUUAUGCUUACUUUGUAUAUUUUUGCCUAGCCUUAGGAUUAGCUACUAUCUGUAGGACUUAUCAUCACGCUACCCCCCACUCACUUUGCUGUGCAAAUCUCUCUCACUUGAACACUUAUGUUUAUAGUUAAUCUUGAAUUUUCGUUUAUUACAUUCUUAUUAUUUUUUUUUUUUGGAAAACCGCUUCUUAGUCAAAAAGUUAUCGUUAGGAAUAAGGAAAAUGUUUAGAAGAUGCUUUGAGCAACACACAAAUUAUGAAAUAUUACUCGUACGCCUAGGAAUAUAUAUAAAUAUAUAUAUAUAACAAGAAAGUAUAUAAAGAAUAUAGCUGUAAGUUGUUAAGAGCUACCAACCGAACAAGCUGCAAACGUUUGCAUUUAUUUGUCUUCAGCACGAGAAGGAAGGAAGGGAUCGUGAAAGAAAUCGAGCAAGGAUACCAUAUUUAACACACCACCAACCAUAUGCAUAAAUAUUUAUUACUUAAUCACAAACCACAUUGCAAAGAGGCAAAGCAUUCAAAUAACCUAGGCUAAGAUCGAUAAAAACAAAAACAAAACUAGACUAAAGCUGUUCAUGAAUGAAGUCAAAGCCCAACAAACACAAACACAACAUAUUAUGGAAAAUCGAAUUGCGAAAAGAUAGUUCUUUGAAUUUAUAUCUUGCACUAAUCUUAGUACUUAGGCAAUACCACCAAUUGUACUGAUCUUUAAUGAACAAAACCACUAACUGUAUAUCUGAUGGUAUAUUAUUAAUUAAGCCUUAGUUUUAUCUGUAAGUUAAAGUACUUUUGAAUCUGGAUUCGAAUUUGAGUUUGAAUUUGAUAACGAUUUCGUUCGUUACAUUAAACUGCAUUAUUAUUUCUGUUUUA